AUGAGCAGCUCCGCUGCUCUGGGUGCUGACAGGAUUGGUUGCCGCCCACAGGAGAGAAACGGAGAAGAUGGUCUGGUCAGUCUCAAGCAAGAUGUCAAACAAGCAACCGAACAGGAGGUGCCGUCCAAGACCAACCAAACCGUGUUACCACCUCCAGGUGAUACUGUCGUGGUUACCAGGAUGUAUCACGGCAGCAGCAUCAAGCAAGAUGAUGAUGUCAAACGAGCUAAUCAAACGAAAGGCCAGCACUCCGAGGGCAUGACAAAUCAAACAGAGUCACCACCACCAAGUUCUCCUGCCAUUACGACGACUAACCGAAGGAAUCAAGGAAGCGAUAUCUUCAAUCCUAUUGGCGACAUUCAGUCUCUGCCGUCGCCUCCAAGCCUUGCGGUUUGUCCUGCGGAGCGUGGACCCGGUGCCUUCCAUGUGAGUGGCUCUUAUUUGUCUUCUGCGAAUACCAGUAGGCAACUACAACGAGAACCUCUUCCACACAUGGAAACUGCUGCUGCCAAUGUGGUCAUGGAUAGCAUGAAUACCUUGGCAGUGGCCAACUUGGUCAUUGAAAAGGAUCUGCAGCCAGCCAUUCCCGAAGAUGUUGUUGCUGCUGCUGCUAGAAAGAGACAAGAAAGUAACAAGAACAUCAAGAAGUAUGGUUGUCUUGGAGCAAUAUGCCUCGUUGCCAUUCUCGUGGUUGUUGUUACUCUUUCCGUGAGAGGAAACAACCCAAUGGAUUCCACACUCAUGCCAACAAUGGCACCAACAAGCCCUCCGUCCCAAGCUCCAACAACUCUUGCGAGCUCUCUGCUGACUUUGCUUCCAGAUGAGACUGUUCGUGCCAUAGCCGAUGAUGAAGAAUCGUCCCAAUCCAAGGCUUGGCAAUGGCUCCUCCAAGACUAUGAGUUGCUGCCUUACUACAAGAAUGCUCGAGUUGUCCAAAAGUUUGCCCUCGCCACAUUGUAUUAUGCAACAGAAGGUUCAAACUGGGCAGUUAAAACCAGCUGGCUCAAUCACAGUAUUCAUGAAUGUGACUGGUACAACAGACCUGACUAUGCAAUGAUGAAUACACUUUCACAUGUGUAUCCUGGAUAUCUUAGGGGUUUCUUUCCAUCUACAGAGCCACCACCAAAGACAUGUGACGACCAGGGCCUCUAUCAGCAUCUUUGGCUUGAUCAAAACAAGUUGGCAGGUUCCUUGCCAACAGAGAUCUACCUACUUUCAACCCUCAAGACACUUUCUCUUGGAUACAAUCAGGAGAUUCGGGGAACCAUCUCUAGUCACAUUGGACAGCUCAGAUCUUUGGAAGGGCUCCAUAUGACAAUGCUACAAGAUGCUGGACAGAUACCUUCCGAAGUUGGUCUGCUCACCGCAUUGAGACACAUUGGGCUGAAGGAAAACAACCACCAAGGGCAUAUUCCAACGGAGCUAUGGCUACUUACAAACUUGGAACAACUAUUCAUGAGUGACAACCCUGGUUUGCAUGGUAGCAUUCCAGUGGAAAUUGAAAACUUUUCCAAUCUGGUUUGGCUUGUCUUAUGGGAUGGUUCUCUCACUGGGUCCAUCCCCACAGAGAUUGGGAAAGCAAGUUCUCUUGAAUAUAUUGUCUUGUAUGCAAACAGAUUGUCAGGAAGUCUUCCCAGUGAAUUGAUGCAGCUUCCAAAGCUGCAGUUGCUAUCACUGUUCGAAAACUCUUUCCAAAGCACAAUCCCUACAGAGCUAGGUCAAAUAUCUGGUCUGGUUCUGUUUUCAGUUAGGGAUAACCAGCUCACUGGUACAGUGCCAAGUGAACUCGGCCUCCUUACCAGACUUGCCUUCACUCUCAACCUACGUAGCAACCAACUCUCAGGAACCAUUCCUUCAGAGCUUGGGCUCUUCUCAGGGCUGGCAGAGCUAGAACUCAGAGACAAUCAUUUCACCGGCCAGAUUCCCAGUGAAUUUGGUCAGCUGAAGUCCAUGGGCCACCUGACGUUUGCAGGAAAUGAUCUCUCUGGGACCCUGCCGGAAGAGCUUGGAGCUCUACAACAGUCCCUUCAUACUUUGAGGAUGGAGGACAACCCACAGCUGUAUGGGUCCAUUUGGUUUGUCUUUUGA